UAAGGACUAAAAAAUGAAUAGAAUUUAUUUUCUAAUUUCUGAAUUUUUUAAGUCAAAAUGUCUCAUCAGCAUAUAUUAACAAUAGUAUUGAUUUCUAAAAUAAGACCCAACUUUACACAGAUGUCCUUUUCUGCAUCACUGAAUAUAUACAGAUAAAACAAAGCUCACCAGGUUAUAUGGCAGAGAUAUUUAUGUAGAUACACCCCAACUAAAACAAUUUCUAGCAUAAUUAAUUUAUUCUUUUACUACACAUGUUAUAGAUCACAGCCUUAAUUCUUUUUAUUUUGUACGCUUGACAAUUUUAGUCAAUAUCAGCUGUGACCAGCUUAAUAUUUAAGACAAAAUAUUUUUUAUGCUUAUUAUGUAUUUGAAUCAUUUAUUAGUUUAUUGAAACUUCAGGAAAAUCCCCAAAAAUGCAAAUAUUGUGGAAAAAAGUUCAAUAUUUUUCUUACUGAUUUCAGAAACCUAAACUCAUAUAUUACACAGAUAUACUGUAUGUCUUAAUGUAUACAUUAUCUUAAUGUAUACAUUAAGAUAAUAUACAUAAGAUAAUACAUUAAGAUGUAUACAUUAUAUAUGUAUAUCUUAAUGUAUACAUGUAUACAUUAAGUAACAUGUAUACUUAAUGUAUACAUUAAGUAUACAUGUAUACAUUAAGAUAAUGUGUUGUGUUGAUCUUGACCCCAAAGAUCAACACAAAAGGAUAGUUUCAACAGAAAUGUCAGGCUUCUGAAAAGUUUGUUCAUUUGUCUACAUUCAACAUUGUGCUGGGGAUCCUUUUGUAUGAAUGACUGCAUCAUUGGGGUGUGGAACGGAGUGGAUCAGCCUGUGGUACUGCGUCUGCGUAAUGGAAGCCCAGCUUGCUUUGAUAGCGCCCUUCGGUUCAUCUGCAUUGUUACUCUAAUAUCUUCCAUCUUCUUCUUGACAACAGCAGAUACAUUUUCUACAGGGUUCAGGUCAGGCGGGUUAACUGUCCAUUCAAGCACAGUAACACCAUGGUCAGUAAACCAGCUUUUGGUACCUUUAGCAGUGAGGGCAGGUGCCGAGUUCUGCUGGCUUGGAAGAAAGUAAAUAACUGAGUCAUGUGGUCACAUUGUUUAGUCCUGGUUAGAAUUUACACAAUUAACAUUUAGACAGAUCCAGUCCAAUUUACAGUUAUGGUCAUCCACACAAUAACAGAUAAAGACAACCUAAUAUUAAUUGCCAUUGUCACACCUGAUAAUGAAAGAUAAUUAUUAUUAAAGAUAAUUAUUGUCUUUUGGAGCCUGUAAAACAGUGAUGUCUGAUUAUGUUAGAUGUACUGAACCAGGGAGCACUCUACGAUAUAUCAGAAUGGACUCAAACAGCAAGACCUGAGAAAUAUACACAGAUUUAAAAGUCAAAAGCCUAUUUUCCUGAUGUUUCACAUUUUUACAAUUCCAUUUUUCCCCAGGACUUGUUAAGCUCCGUUCUGCCACAGCCAUUCAUCCACCCAUUAUCCAACACCCUUCUCCAUUGUGGGGUUGUGAAGGGUGCUGAUGCCUGUCUCCAGCUUUCAGCGGAGGAGAGGCAGGGUACACGCUGAACAGGUCGCCAGUCCAUCACUUCUUUAAUUGCCUAGUCUAAUUAUCUUAUUAUCUUAAAAUCAAGUUCCAAGGUGCUAAUUUCUGUUUAUUUAUAUGCCAUUUCUAUUACAAUCUGCAGCGUUUAGCCCUUACGGAAGUGUAUUAUCGUUAUCUUGCUCAAUAAAAUGCCUGCAUUACUUUCACAGAUCUGUAUAUCUAUUAUUUGCUUUGUCUGUAGAGUGUUAGCAGUGUUGGAAUUUUAAUAAAGCAUCUCUCAGAAGACAAUUUGUCUCCUAACCACACUCAGCUGCUGAUAUCCUGUUGCACAACUAAUUCAUGGCACUAAAUUAAGAAUGAAUGCUAAGACUUUAUAUGCUUGUGUAUCUAACUCCAUGUUAAUACACACAUAGGCACCCCAUUUCUAUCUGGUUUAUAGGCUCCUCUUCACAUUCUGGACUUCUUGGCUCAACUGUAUACAGUAGGGAAUGUUACUGGAAACCACAUUGUAAACCUGAUCACAUUUACACAGGAACAGCCUCAGGAUAUCUGAGAAACAACCCACAUCCCACUCAAGUCUGUUUUUAGACUGUGCUAGCCUGAGUAUUAAAUAUCUGAAUGGUCCUUAUUUACAUAGCCUUUAAAAUAAGCAGUUUUUCCCCAGGGUAACUUUGGAAUGGAAGUUGCCAAAGGUAUGCUCCACACUGUUCUGCAGUCUUUCCUCGGAAAUAUCUCACAUCUGACUGGGAGAUACACAUGACAUAAUGACAACAAAAUAACAAGAUGAAAAGCUUGCACCUCUGCACAACAGGCUUCACAAACAGGCAACUCUUCCUACUGACUCUGAAAUGACAGCCAAUUACUGGCUGCCAAAGUGAAAACCUGAACUUUUGGCAAAAUAUAUUCCAGAACAGCAGCACAUAUUAUAGAGUUAUCUGCCAUGGUUCUUAAUAGUUAUUCAAAGACAUGUCCACAUUCAGUAGACAACCUAUGACACGUUUAACUAUCCUGCACUUGUUACCCGAUGAAGGCUAGCACUGCAAGUAGUUUAACAAGUUAAUUGUAAAAGGUUGGUUUUCUUAUAUUUGUAUUUUUUUUCUUGAAUUUACAGGUCACAAAGCUGUGUGAGUUGCUUUAAGUGAAAACAUGUUCAGAAAAUCAGGAAACAUUAAAUAAACUCGCUGCAGUUUUGCAAUAUCUCCAAUCACCAGAUUGGCUGUUAAGUUGGCUCAGACCUUUCUGAACCUUACUAGUAAAUUGGUUAUUUCUGUGAAUUUUACAAAGUGAUUCUUUAUGUUAACUGAAUGAACAGAAUGAAUACUGCUUUAACAUUUUGACAUUUGUUACAUUCCAGACUCAAUUGGGAUUGAUUUUCUUGGUGAGACCAGCAGAAAGUAGUACAUAUCUGUGAAGUGGAAGAUAUGAAAAAUAUUCUUUUUCAAAUGUAUAAAGCUGUCAAAGAUAUGCUCCAACUCUUAGCACCAGAUGAAGUGAGAGGAAGUUUUACAAGAUAUCAUGUUAAAGGAUUUUUAGGUCACAACAGCUUUAAAUAUUUUUGGCAAGAAUGCAACAGGAGAAAACCACCCGCCCUUCAUCAGCUUUAGGAAGAUUGGAAAGCAUACAUAUGACGAGCAUCUUCUCUGAACUGGGGAGUACAAAGCAGAGGAUCAGGAUAAGGGAAACACCAGCAUGGCUGGAGCGAGAGCUGCUGAAACAGAACAAUAGAAGACACUCAAUGGAAGAAUCUAAAAUCAGGAGAGAACUGCAGCACUGUGCAUUUUCAACACAUCACUUUGAGAUCAAUGAAAAGAUAUCGUUAGAUGAACUCCAGAAACUGAAAUUAUCCUUUGAGGAAUCUGAUGUGAGUGGGGCAGGGUACACUGAUGCAAAGAAUUUUGGACAUAUACUGAAAAAGUGCUUGGAUGUUUCUGACAUGAGCAAUGAAGAGAUAUAUAGUUUGUUCAAAAAGAUUGAUUACUCUGAUCAAGGAAGGAUUUCAUGGAUGGAGUUCUCCACCUAUCUGCUCCAGCAGUACGAAGCAAAGAUGGAAACUGUGAGACGCAGGAAGCAGGUGGCCUUUCAUUUGCCAGCCAUCAUGAAUGAUGGCGGACAUGGCGUUCCUGUAGUCAACAUCCACUCCACCCACGAUGGCGGCGUGUUAACAAUGAGAGAAGAUGGAUUCAUUUGUCAGUGGAGUCCUGACCUUAAACCUCAGAGGACCAAGCACAUGUUUAGUCAGGGAUCUGGCAAAAGAAGUUCAAAGUGGAUAACCGAUUUCACUAUGAUGUCAGAAUACAACAAGCUGAUGAUCGGAACAGGGGACAGAGAGAUUCAGUUUUAUGAACUUUCCACUUUAGAGCCUUACUGCCAGAUCAGCGGCCUGGAAACUAUACCUUUAACUUUAAGCUACAGCUACAUUGGCUCUGAUAAAUGUUGUUUUCUAUAUGGAGAUAUGGAGGGAUGUGUUACCAUCAUUUUGCUCUUCCCUGCUGAGGACACCCUCAGGUUGUGGAACAGAUUACCAAAGGCUGAAAAUGUGCCUAAUAUUGCUAUUAAAAAUGCUGUGCUUUCCAAAAACGUGACAUUUGUCAGAUGGAAGGUUCAUCAUGACUGGGUGACACAGGUAAAAUAUUUUCACAAUUUUCAAGCUGUUGUCUCGUCAUCAAAUGAAGAUGCCUCUUCUCUUGUUUUAGGCUGUAUGCUGCCUUCAACAGAUUCUGCACAGCAGCUUAGGGAGAUCAGAGAGUCGUGCUAUGAGGGUAAAAACAGGAAGAUCCAACUAAGCUGGACUCCACAUGUCCGCGCAUCCGGGGAUCAGACCAUUUUUUCUAUCUACAAAGGUGUGAAGGCUUUUGACCUUUGUCAGAAGCACAGUUUGCUGGUGACCGGCGGCAUGGACAGACUCAUACGCCUGUGGAACCCAUAUUUCUCAGAAAAACCCACUGGUAUUUUAAAAGGCCACUCUGCUCCCAUUUUCUCCCUCUUCAUCUCAUCAGAGGAUGGUCGGAUCUUUUCUAUCUCCAGGGACAACACUGUGAAGAUUUGGCACAUUGAAGAUCAGUGUUGCCUGUUCACAGCCGACCCCACAGCCAGCGGGAUUCAUGGCGACGUAUCUGCAUGCUCCUAUUCCCCUGCCAUGAGAUCUCUGUACAUCGCAGCAGACUGCAUAGCUGUUCUCCCCUUGAUGUUGAGGCCAAAACCUCACAGUGGCAUCUCUGUUUCUCAUGAUGAGGCUGUAAUGUGCUGUGGCUACAGCGAGGAGUUCCGGCAGGUUGUGAGCUGCAGCGAGGAGGCUGUGGUGAAAGUCUGGGAUUUUGAUACUGGGCGGCAAGUUUUUGAGUUUACCGCAACACCAGACCUGACCAGCAUCACCUGCAUGACAUUUGACAUUAAGGGAAGAAGACUCAUCACAGGAGGAAGUAAUGGAUACAUAAAGGUAUGGAACUUCAACAGUGGCCACUGUAUAAAGACAUUAAAGAAAGAGGGUAAAUGCCAUCAGGUGUGUGACUGCACCUUUCUUAAAGUACAAGGAAAUUCAUAUGUGAUUGCUGUCGGAAGAGACCGGAGGAUUGACAUUUACUCAGAUUCUCCUGAGGAGCUUUAUCAUGUCCAGAGACCACAGCCUUCAUGGAAAGACGAUUUGCAAAAUGGCCAUACAGAGGACAUCCUUUGUGUGGUGCAGAGUCCUCCCUCUCUUCUGGCCACCGGCAGCUACAAUGGAGAGAUCAUAGUUUGGAACACAGAUUCUGGGUCUAUAAACUGUCGGUUUGUUGGACCUCUUUCAGCUGAAGAUCACAACACUAAAGGACUGGACACAAGUGUUCCAAGCAUGGUUUUUAUCAGAAACUUAAGACUGAUGCAGCUGUCUCCAACUACUGCUCUCCUGACAUCUGGAGUCAGAGGGUGGGUAAAUCUCUGGGAUGUGCUCAAUGGACGGAAGCUUGUGAGCAGCUUCAAAGUUUCGAAAUAUCAACAAAAAAUAACAAAACUGUACAUCACGGAUGAGAAAACACUGCUGUACGCUGCUGACAGGAUGGGUUACAUCUAUAUUUACAACAUGGAGACGUUUGACCCAGAGCAAAGGUCACCCAGAGCUGAACAUUGCUGGCGUGCCCACACCAGCUCAAUUACCAGCUUACAGAUUGUCACCAGUGAUCAAGUGGUGCUUACCUCAUCCACUGACCACACUGUGAGGCUCUGGAGUGCAUCAGGAGAAUUCAUCGGGACAUUUGGCCAGCCUGAGAUGUGGAGCGUCCAGAUUCCCUCAUCCUGGAUUCAUCCAGGUGUCCCCUAUGAGGUUCUGAUUGAUCCUCUCAGUAUGCCACAUCAUGAUAUUCUGAAGAGAAAGUCUCAUCUCUCCGAAGCCAUCAGUUCUGACGUGACUCCGACUGAUAGAGGAGAACUAAAGGUGAACUGCAAUAUUUCAAAAAUGAUUACCUGAGCUCUUCCUUUUUUCGUCUCUUUUUUGUUGUCACACUGCACCGAUGAUCCUUCGAAUUUCAUCAGUUACGCUGACAAUGAGGGAGAUUUAGGAGCACAUUUCACCCAGAGGAAUAGGAGUCUGGCCUGGAUUAUAACCAUUUCAAUAGAACAGACCGCUCCACACAUGUACUACCUGUUUAACACCUGACUCAGACUAAAAGAAUGGAUUGGUAUUUGGAGGGACUGUAUUUUCUGCUUUAUUUCAGACUGUGUGAAGAAAUUGACUGGAAUACCAACAUACCAUCAAACAACUUUACCCUGAAUGGCUUCUGGACCUUGGAGCAACUGAAUACCUGUGAACCACCCAGACUCUCUCUCUGGUAUUGAUCCAUUUAUCAGCCUCAUGAGGGAACUGUAAUUAGCUGACUGAGAUGAAAA